AUGGCACGACAAUGUUUUAUUACGGAUGGCAAAGCCAACGUGACAGGUGUUAUUCUUGCCACUGUAGAAUCGUUCAUAAAUGGAAUUCAACAACUGGAUAUAUUUGGUUCUUGUGUUCCAGAAACAAUUCUUCGACAUGUAGUCAUUUCUUAUGAUGGUGAAGAUGGUUUUAAUCAAGCCAUUGAUUCGACUAUUGAAUUACGUGACAAUAUCAAAUUCAUACAUGAGAAAAAAGUCCUUGCUCGGUACUUCAAUGAAGUAUUCAAAGACGGUAGUCAUUAUUGUUUUGGUGUCUAUGAUACAUUCAAAGCACUGGAUAUGGGCUCUAUAGAAACUUUAAUUAUAUGGGAAAAUGUCGAUGUGAAUCAUUAUUUUCUACGCCAACGUCAAGUGCAAGAAAUAAAAACGAAAAGUUCAUGUGUUGUUCAUCAAGACAAACAAACAGAUUUUGAAUGGGAACAUAUUGAAGAAAUGCCAUUACUCGAAUGGUUGGUCAAGAAUCACAAGAAAUUCGACACCACACUUGAAAUUGUGACCGAUAAGAGUCAAGAAGGUUCUCAAUUUGUGCAUGAUUUUGAUGGCAUUGGAGGCUCACCAUUCGACUUAUUUGUUGAUGGUGAACGUAAUAAUGUUUAUGUUGCUGAUACUGGAAACCAUCGAGUUCAGAAGUUUAAUCUCAAAGCCGUCGGCAGUAUGGGCAUCACUGUUGCAGGCAGCCAUGGUCCUGGUAGUGGAUUCGAUCAAUUAUAUAUGCCUUGGGCUGUUUAUAUUGAUAAAAACAAAAAUGUGUAUGCAGCGGAUACCAAUAAAAAUCGCAUUCAAAUGUGGGCAAGAGGUGCGGCUAGUGGUGUAAUCGUAGCUGGGAAAAAUGAUAAAGGCAAAGGUCUGAAUCAGAUAGGUGCUGGUCAGAGUGUUUUUGUUCAUGAAGAAACCAAUGCAUUGUUUAUGUCGAACUUUUGCAAUGAUCGAAUUGUUAAAUGGAUUCCCGAAAAAGUCGAAGGUGUCAUCGUAGCGGACAUCAGUGUUAGCGGAACAGCAGCAAAUCAGCUAAAUGGUUCACGUGAUAUCUUUAUUGAUCAAUGCGAGACGAUCUACGUCGCUGAUUUAUGGAAUAACCGAGUACAAAAAUGGAAGAAAAGCGCAAGUGAAGGUAUUACUGUGGCAGGUGGAAAUGAAAAAGAUGCAGCUGCUAAUCAAUUGAAUAGCUCCUGGGAUGUUGAAGUUGCUCGAUAUGGCAACAUUUUUGUUGCCGAUACUGACAAUAGUCGAUUUAUGAAAUGGGCUCUGGGUGCAACUGAAGGCGUGCAAUUGACUGAUGCAAAUGCAUGA